UCAAAUUAAACUUAAACGUGUUAAAAUAUUUAUUAAAAAGUUUUCAACAAGAUUAUUGAAAAAUUUGAAAGAUUACACGAUUUCACUGUUAAAAAAAAAAAUGAUUGUUCAUACAUAUUUACAAGUCAUCAUUUUCUUGGGACUAAUACUUACAACAAUAGCCAAUGAAAUAAUUGAAUACUUGUCUUUUAAAAAUUUACCAGUAGCACGAGAAGAAUUUUAUAAUUGCUUAAAUAACAUUGAAUUUGACGACAAUAUACAAAUAGAUAAAGAAUCCUUAUAUCCAUUUUUAAAUGACAUAAGAGAAAAGUAUGUAUCCGGUAAUUUACAACUGAUCAAUACGAGUGAAGAGGUAAUGAAAUUUAUUGGAGGGUUCGAAGAUUUAAAACAAAAAAAGACCAGUAAAGAAUUAAGGAAAUUGAUUGGAGUGUUUGAAGAUUUAACACUAAACAAGACCAGUAAAGAAUUAAAAAACGUCCAAGGAGGACAAACAUCAACUAAUAUAAAAGAUUUCGAAAUAUGCUGUACUAUGUUUCAUGAGAGAUUGUUUAGGGUGGAAGAACCUAUAUUAACUGAAAGUAAUGAUAUUGUUGCCAUGGCUUUAAAAAAAUAUGGUUCAGCUUUUGAUAUGCUGUAUGACUGCUUCAAAAAGUAUCAUUGUUUAGAUGACCGCACGUUACCAAAAGAGGGAAACUAUUAUUUGUUCCGUGAUUUGACCAUCACUAUGUUAACGGAAGUUAUAUCUGAAACUUCUAAUCCCCAAAAUAUUAUUAACCGUUUUCAAAGAAACAUUGCACCAGGUAAUAAUCCGUUUGGGAAGUAUUGUAUUGCAGCUUAUUAUACUUUUUUGAUAUCUGAAAAUAACGGAAUUUUUUUUGCAAUAACUGUUGAUGCAAUAAUGAAUUUAAUAACAUUGAAGAAUUUACCUCGAGCUAAAACAGCGCUGUACAAUUGCUUUACGAACAAUAAUUUAUUUCAUUUUAUAAAAAAUCGCAGAUCUUUUAAUGAAGCUUUAAAUGGUUUAAGAAAAAGAAUUGUUUCUGCCGAAGUCCUCUCUAUAAAUGUUCAUGACGAAAUAAUUAAAUUCAUAAAAGAAGACUUAUCAAAUUUUACGAAUGAAAUAAUCAAUUGUUCCACUAUUUUUUAUUCAACAUUGUUUGAAGUGACAGAACCUGAAAUUUUAGAAAAUGAAAACGUGUAUGAUCUUGUGUACAAAAGAUAUGAUGUAGCAAUAGAUGUUCUAUAUGACUGCUUUGAAAAGUAUAAAUGUUUUUCAGAAAUUCGAAAAAAGAAAUUGAACAAUGAUUUUUUUCGUAAAUCUACUAUCCGUUAUUUAAAGGAAGUUAUAUCUAAAUAUUCGACUCCGCAAACAAUGAUUAACAAUGUUCGAACUUACACAUUAGGUAACAAUGAUGAUUUUGGGACAUAUUGUUCUGCAGCGUAUUAUACUUUUUUGACAUCUGAUAUUUCUUUUACAAUAACUGUUGAUGGAAUAAUGAAUUUAAUAACAUUGAAGAAUUUACCUCGAGCUAAAACAGCGCUGUACAAUUGCUUCACGUACAAUAAUUUAAUUGAUUUUAUAAAAAAUCGAAGAUCUUUUGAUGAAGCUUUAAAUGGUUUAAGAAAAAGAAUUGUUUCUGCCGAAGUCCUCUCUAUAAAUGUUCAUGACGAAAUAAUUAAAUUCAUAAAAGAAGACUUAUCAAAUUUUACGAAUGAAAUAAUCAAUUGUUCCACUAUUUUUUAUUCAACAUUGUUUGAAGUGAUAAAACCUGAAAUUUUAGUAAAGGAAAACGUGGAUGAUCUAGUGUCCAUAAAAUAUAAUGCAGCAUCACAUAUUCUGUACGAAUGCUUAGAAAAGUAUAAAUGUUUUUCAGAAAUUGAAAAAAACACAUUGAACCAUGACUCAUUUCGUAUAUCUACCAUCCGUAAUUUAAAAAAAGUUGUUUCUAAAACUUCCACUCCUCAAUAUAUGGUUGACCGUGUUCAAAAAUUUACUUUUGAUAAUAAUCGCAGUGAUUUUGUGAAAUAUUGUUCUGCAGCAUAUUAUACUUUAAUGACUUUAGAUAAAAAUCGUUCUAGACCAUGGUUUGUCAAAGGUGAAAAGUACUUAGCAGCUCAUAAAAAUGUUUUUCGGUUUCCCCAUCAAUUGUAAUUUGAAUACCUGAUCUUGUGAUAAUUUUAAUAAGAAAAAUAUAACCAAAUUAAAAAUUCUA